CUUCUCCAUCAUCAAUUAAAACCUCCCCAGCCACCAACAAAUUCUUUUACCAACACUCUCUCUUCCUCUUUCUCUUUCUCUCUGAAAUUUAAACGAUGGCUAUAACCGCCACUCAAAACGACGGCGUUUCUCUAAUCGCCGAUAAGUUUUCAUAUGAUCUUGUGGAAACUGAUGUUGAGAUCAUCACCUCCGGUCGCCGUCGUAUUCCGGCACACUCCGGCAUCCUCGCUUCGGGCUCACCGGUACUGACAAACAUCAUCGAGAAGCCGAGGAAAAUCCACGGCCGAUCAUCAAAGAGAGUUAUUAAGAUUCUCGGUGUUCCAUGCGACGCCGUUUCAGUCUUCGUCAGAUUCCUCUAUUCUCCGAGUCUCACGGAGAAAGAGAUGGAAACAUACGGAAUCCAUCUACUGGCUUUAUCACACGUGUAUAUGGUGACUCAGUUAAAGCAACGGUGCACAAAAGGCGUCGGUGAAAGAGUAACCGCCGAAAACGUCGUCGAUAUUCUCCAGCUGGCUCGUCUCUGCGACGCACCUGACCUCUGUCUCAAGUGUAUGCGUUUCAUUCAUUACAAGUUCAAGACCGUUGAACAGACCGAGGGAUGGAAGUUUCUUCAAGAACACGAUCCUUUUCUUGAACUUGACAUUCUCCAAUUCAUCGACGAGGCUGAAUCGAGGAAGAAAAGAAGACGAAGACAUAAACGAGAACAAAAUUUGUAUGUGCAGCUGAGUGAAGCCAUGGAAUGUAUAGAACACAUAUGCACCGAAGGUUGCACAUUGGUCGGACCUUCGUCCAAUUUAGACAACAAGUCAACAUGUCAAGUAAAAACCGGUCCGUGCAGUGCCUUCUCGACUUGUUACGGACUCCAACUUCUGAUACGUCACUUUGCGGUAUGCAAGAAACGAGUCGAUGGCAAAGGUUGUGUCCGUUGCAAGAGAAUGAUUCAACUCCUUAGACUCCAUUCUUCGAUCUGCGACCAAUCUGAAUCUUGCCGUGUCCCCCUUUGCAGGCAAUAUAAGAAUAGAGGCGAAAAGGACAAGAAAAUGGUUGAGGACACAAAGUGGAAGGUUCUGGUGAGAAGAGUUGCGUCUGCGAAAGCCAUGUCUUCGUUGUCUCAAUCAAAGAAGAAAAAAAGUGAAGUGUUAUUAAAAGAAGAAGCAGAAGAUUUCAUCAGAAUCCGGAACAAAUUAAGAUGAAUAUUCAAAAUAUGUGUUUUUAUUAGAUUAUAUAGUGAGUGUUUGUUAGAAGCCAUUAGUAGAGUCGGAAGUUUUAUUUGUUUGUGAUUUGUCUCUCGGACCGGUUGAUUGGGUUAAAUUUGUCGAUGAGUAACCCUUUAAAUCUGUCGAUUUGUUUGGUCGGUCGAAUUAUAUAUAAAAGUGUUAUUGGUUAUAAAAUGGUAUUAGGUUU